UCGCAUCACCUGCAAGGUGCUGGAGCUGGUGAAGCAGGAGGGGCUGCGCUUUCUGGAGCAAGAGCUGGAGACCAUUACCAUUCUGGAUCUGCAGGGCAGGGAAGGCCACUUCUACUACAACAUCUCUGAAGUGAAGGUCACGGAGCUGCAGCUGACAUCCUCUGAGCUCCAUUUCCAGCCAGAGCAGGACCUGAUGCUACAAAUCAACAAUGGCUCCUUGGGGCUGCGCUUCCGGAGACAGCUUCUCUACUGGUUCUUCUAUGGUGGGGGCUAUAUCAACGCGUCAGCUGAGGGUGUAUCCAUCCACACAGCUCUGCAGCUCUCCCGGGACCCCACGGCCAGAUCAAAGUAUCCAACGUCUCCUGCCAGGCCUGUCUCCAGAAUGCACGCAGCCUUUGGAGGAACCUAGAAAGUGUAUGAAUUCCUGUCCACGUUCAUCACCUCGGGGAGGCACUUCCUCCUCAACCAGGAGAUCUGCCCCAUGCUCUACUAUGCAGGGACGGUGCUUUUCAACUCCCUCCUGGACACCGUGCCUGUGCAUGGUGCUGUGGACGAGCUGGUUGGCAUUGACUACUCACUCCUGAAAGAUCCCGUGGCCUCCAUCAGCAAUCUGGACAUGGAAUUCCAGGGGGCCUUCUAUCCCCUGGCUGAGGAGAACUGGAGCCUGCCCAACUGGGAGGUGGAGCCGCAGCUGCAGGAAGAAGAGUGGAUGGUGUACGCAGCCUUCUCUGAGUUCUUCGACUCUGCCAUGGACAGCUACUUCCGGGCAGGGGCCCUGCAGCUGUCGCUGGUGGGGGACAAGAUGACCCAUGACCUGGACAUGCUGCUGAGGGCCACCUACUUUGGGAGCCUUGUCCUGCUGAGCCCGGCAGUGAUUGAGUCUCCGCUGAAACUGCAGCUGCAGGUCAUGGCACCACCAUGCUGCACCAUCAGGCCCUCGGGCACCACCAUCUCCGUCACCACCAGUGUCACCAUUGCCCUGGUCCCACCCGGCCAGCCUGAGGUCCAGCUGUCCAGCAUGACCAUGGAUGCCGGACUUAGCGCCAAGAUGGCCCUCUGGGGGAAGGCACUGUGCACACAGCUGGACCUGAGCAGGUUCAGAAUCUACUCGAACCAGUCCGCACUGGAGUCACCAGCACCGACCCCACUGCAGGCUCCUCUGAAGACCAUGCUGCAGAUUGGGGUGAUGCCCAUGCUCAAUAACCGGACCUGGCAAGGGGUACAGAUCUCAUUCCCUGAGGGUAUCAACUUUGUGCGCAAGGUGGUGACAAACAACAGAGGCCUCCUUACCAUCGGGGCAGACCUCCACUUUGCCAAAGGGCUCCAAGAGGUGUCUGAGAAGAACAGGCCUGCCGACACCAGGAGGCUCCAAGCAUCCAGUGCCCCGCCCUCCUCCAGGGCAGCUGUUUGA